UGCACCUAAAUACGGGUUCAAGCUAGUUCCUGUCAGCAUUUAUAUCUCUACUAUGAUCUCUGUGGGGAAAGUGGAACGAGGUCAAACCUAAGACAUGCAGAGAGGGAUAUGGUGACAGACAACAUUAAACCCAAGGAUAAUCUUAUCCAUGCACUACUGCUCGUGUAUCAUGGUCUGCCACAUUAUUUCAAAGCCUCUCUUACAGGUUGUCGUCAUUGUGCAAGUGCUACUCAACGGACCCAGUUGGGCUGAAGAAGUAGUAGGAAACAUGGGUAAUAACAUCAACAUCAGUUUCUCAUUUCCGAACACAUCAAAAGCAAAAGUUGAAUCAGUUGGUCUUUACAAAGAUGGCAUCAAGAUCGGCGAAUGCAAUGUUAAUCAUGUGCAAAAUUGCAGCUGGAAAAAAGCCACAUGGAUCUUUAACAUGGCCACUACAGAGGCUGUUUUCUGGAUCCAAAAACUGACAUUAGCCGACAAAGGUACUUAUUGGGCCACACUGUUCUCAAACAGUAGAACGUUUCCCAUUGUAAAAAGCAACGAGGUGACUCUUACUCUUGAAUCGGACAGAAUUACCACAGAGUCUUCAUCAAUCACCAAUAACAUAGAAGCUGAAGAUAAUGAUGGCACUGAAAGCAACACCAACAGCACCUUCACUAUCCUCAUCGUCAUUGCUGUGUUAGGGCUACCCAGCGUUGCCAUGUUAUUGGGACUGCUUAUUUGGUUUUGCUGGACUGAAAAAAGGAACCCAGAACGGGACAAGCAAGAGGACUUCAGUGCUAAGCCAAAGGAGUCAGGAGAGGCGUCCACCUCAAUGCCUGUGUAUUCUGUGGAGUACGGAGUGGUGUCCUUCAACAACAAACCCAGUGGAGGAAAAGGGGCCCAGCAUGAAAGGGCGGGAAACAUUAUGAGACCUUCAGAGACAGUGGAAUAUGCCACUAUCACCUUUCCCCCACGACAAAGGGGGGCAAAUGGGAGAUAGCAGGCCAACUGACUCUCUACACUGUGCCCUUUGAAUUCCAAUCCAGGCCCCUGGACCACUGCUUUUUAAAGUGAUUCACCAAACACUGGGGUCUGUUCCAUUUAAAUUCCAGUCCAUUCAGAAAGAGAAACAAAGUCAAACUCAAAAUAUUCGUCAUUCAAAAGGGUUGGCAUUAGAAUUGUAAUUUCAGCGUAAAUCCACAAAUGACUGGUAUUUAAGUUACCCUUCACUGAUACUCGAUUAGACCUGUGACACCAGGUGAGUGUGAUUAUCUGCCAGCCAGCCAAGCACUCCAGACCUUACAGGGUAAGAACUGUUCCAUUAAACACAGUUGAUCUUGGACAACUGCGCCAGAUCUAAAACGUGUACCUUUUUAAAUACGAUGGGAAAGCGGUGCUAAAUGUAAGUUGUGUGCAGUCAGAGUGGCUCGCCCUCGAGACACAGAACACGUGCUGAACGAUAACGAAAGCUUUUUAUGUGUCGCUAUGAGGUUAUACCAUAGGAAUGGAGACAGCGAAGGAGGUGUUAAACCACACUUAGUCCGAUCCCGUGCAACAAAAGAAUUGUUUUGCGGUUAGGCUUUGAAUGCAUCCUGCCGGAAAUGUAAGGUCAGAAACGUGCUUACAAUCAUUAUACAUGUUAACAAUAUAUUUACCCUUCUUAUUUUCAAAAACAUGCUGAAAUGUUUGUAUGGAGUGCUGGAAUAGAAUGUAUGCCACGAAAAGUCAGUGGUUCAGACACUAUUUGGUUCAGUAUCUUUGGAGGAUACACGUGUGCUUUGAGCCCAGUAAUUUUCACUGGAAAACUCAAUUGUAAAUAAACUAUGUGGAUAAUCGAAGUUGAUCACAUUGCUUUGAUUAAACUCUGUUGUGAUUUAACUCUUUCACUGAGAAAGCUCCAGAGCACCCUGUGAUAGUGAUGGCCAUUCGAGGCUUCA